GGACCAAACCACGCCCCUCAGUCGGCGCCCCCAAUGCCAAACAGUGCGGCAUAUGCGACCCCACCGACUCAGCCCUCGGCCACUGGACCAGUACCAUCCGCUCCGCAAGGGCCGUCGACCAGUGCUCAGUCGGCAGGGUCCGUUUUUCCAGGACCAAACCACGCCCCUCAGUCGGCGCCCCCAAUGCCAAACAGUGCGGCAUAUGCGACUCCACCGACUCAGCCCUCGGCCACUGGACCAGCACCAUCUGCUCCGCAAGGGUCGUCGACCAGUGCUCAGUCGGCAGGGUCCGUGUUUCCAGGACCACACCACGCCCCUCAGUCGGCGCCCCCAAUGCCAAACAGUGCGGCAUAUGCGACCCCACCAACCCAGCCCUCGGCCACUGGACCAGCACCAUCUGCUCCGCAAGGGUCGUCGACCAGUGCUCAGUCGGCAGGGUCCGUUUUUCCAGGACCAAACCACGCCCCUCAGUCGGCGCCCCCAAUGCCAAACAGUGCGGCAUAUGCGACUCCACCGACUCAGCCCUCGGCCACUGGACCAGCACCAUCUGCUCCGCAAGGGUCGUCGACCAGUGCUCAGUCGGCAGGGUCCGUGUUUCCAGGACCACACCACGCCCCUCAGUCGGCGCCCCCAAUGCCAAACAGUGCGGCAUAUGCGACCCCACCAACCCAGCCCUCGGCCACUGGACCAGCACCAUCUGCUCCGCAAGGG